UCUAAAGCCAAGUAACAUUCUUCUCAAUAAGGACAUGAGAGCUCGUGUUGGGGAUUUUGGCAUUGCUAGAGUUCUAGAUGAAGCAAUAAGCAAACAACCUAUGAAUUCCAAUAGCUCCAUAGGAAUAAGAGGUUCCAUCGGGUACAUUGCUCCAGAAUAUGGAGAAGGUCUUGCAGUAUCAACUUAUGGUGAUGUCUUUAGUCUCGGUAUCACUUUCAUUGAGCUGUUCACAGGAAAGAGCCCAACAAAUGAUAUGUUUAAAGAUGGGAUAAGUCUGCAUCAUUAUGCUGAGGUGGCUUUCCCGGACAAGGUUUCUGAGAUAGCAGAUGCCAACAUGUGGCUGAGUGAAGGAGCAAACACUAGCAAUGAUACAAGGUAUAUAACAAGAAUCAAGGAAUGUUUGUCUUCCGUCAUUCAGCUUGGCAUCUUGUGCUCAAAGCAAUUGCCCAUAGAGAGGUUAUCAAUGAGCAAUGCCGCAGCAGUGAUGCAUGCUAUCAGAGAUAAAUACAUCAGUACUCAGCAACUAAGUGAUGUCAGAUCAUAUUAGUAACCAUUGUCUUAUACUGUCAUGUACUCAUGUUUCUCAUGAAUGUUUUGUUAGAGUCUAUAAUAUAUUUUCAUCUUUGGUGGAUGUGUUCUAGACUUUAUCAAAGGCGGUGUUGUAUUGCCUUAUAUCAUAGAAACAAUAACAGUGUCAGGAAAAAAAAUUCAUUCUCAGGCUUAUCAACAGUAAGAGAACACAUAUUUUGUAGGUUUCAA